AUGGUUUUCUGGAUGAAAGAAGCUUUCAUCUUUCUCGCACUCCUGGUGGUUUGUCUCACGAAGGCGACUGCUGAUGUCAACGAUGACGGUGGCGAAGAAAAAACAGAACUGAUGUCUGGAGCUGAAAAGGUUGACGCACGACCUGCUCCUUUGAUGGCAAAUAAUGCCGCUGCUCGAUCAAACAACAACCAAAACCUUAGCGGAAGCACAUUAAAUUCUGCCAGCGGAGCAUUUCAUCGGAAAACCGUGGCGAACUUCCUUUCCGGCGUCAAGGACAAUGCAAACGGUGCGUACGUGCAGGCCUCGAAACCUCGCAUCACAACAGUGGUGUUGCUGGAAGCUGGAAACACCAUCAUGAAACUGAUAGUGUUUCUAGCUGUUCUGUGCGCACUCACAUUCGUGGUGCUGGCCCAGAAUAACAACAAUAAAGGCAAGAAAAAUAAGGGUGGAAAACAGGACGGUGGCGGAAAAAACAACAAAGGGGGCAAGCAGGCGCAAUCGAACAAAAAGGAUCAGAAAAAUGAAGCACAGAAGAAGGCAGCAAAGCAUUCUGGUAAAUCCGGCGGCUCACAAUCAGCCAGAUUCGGUUACUACGCAGCCUACGACGAUUACGGACGAGACGAAGAUUAUUUGGCUCAAUCACCUGACGAGUACGGAGAUGGAAAAGGAGGGCAUCAUGACUCAUCUUCAGAAGAAGCUAUCUAUAAGGUUUACGACGACAUGAAUUACGAUGAUGAGAACUGCGAUGGCUUCAACUACUACAGCAAUGGACCGCAAAUGAUGUGGGCAUUCUUCUUCCCGAUCUCGAUGAUGCCUGGGUAUUACCCUUACGGUGGUGGCUACAUGAUGAGUCCCUACGGCAGUCCCUUCGGCAGCCCUAUUAUGGCCGUCAUGCCACCGCCGUUCGGUCGUCCACCUAUGCCGCCGCCAGCGGCGUACGGGCGGUUUGACUAUGAUGAAUAUGAUAAUUAUGGGUCACAGAAGAAAAUCAAGAGUGGAAAAGUGGGGAAAUCAGACCAAAAGAAGAAGAAUCCUGCUUCAGCACAGGAACUAAAAAGGAAACCAACACCUUUCACAACCACAACAACCAAGAAGGCAGCGAAGAAAAAUAAUGGCAAAAAAGGAUAAAUUGUAACUGCUGUGCUAUUGAAUAUUAAUAAAUGAAAUUGGUUUCGAUUUGUUUGAUA